AUCCCUCUUCAACCUUCUGCUUUCCGGAGGGGCACCUUCAACCAGCUACGCGGUGCACUGGCAGUGGCUUCCUCAUUUGUGAAGAAUUAGUUGAAAUAACCCUUUUAGACAGACACGAUGUCCUUUCUGACCGCCAGCAGGCUAGCGUCCAAACUUCUAAAUUCAAAGAAUGCCACAUUACUUGUGGCAGCCAGAAGCGCCAGUGCAUCAACAACAAAUUUGAAGGAUGUACUUGCAGAUCUUAUCCCUAAAGAGCAAACCAGGAUCAAAAACUUCAAACAACAAUAUGGAAAAAACAAUAUAGGGCAGAUUACUGUCGACAUGGUCUAUGGAGGCAUGAGGGGAAUGAAAGGUCUGGUGUAUGAGACAUCUGUGCUGGAUCCUGAGGAGGGCAUCCGAUUCCGGGGUUACAGCAUUCCUGAGUGUCAGAAGUUGCUGCCAAAAGCUUCUGGAGGCGAAGAGCCGUUACCUGAGGGCCUCUUCUGGCUGCUGGUUACUGGACAGGUCCCAACUGAGGAGCAGGUGAACUGGGUGUCCAAAGAAUGGGCCAAGAGAGCCGCGCUUCCCUCUCACGUUGUCACCAUGUUGGAUAACUUCCCUACAAACCUGCACCCCAUGUCUCAGUUCAGUGCUGCCAUCACAGCUCUGAACAGUGAGAGCAGUUUUGCACGGGCGUAUUCUGAGGGUGUUCACAAGUCCAAGUACUGGGAGUUCAUUUAUGAAGAUUCUAUGGACUUAAUUGCCAAGCUCCCCUGCAUUGCUGCCAAGAUUUAUCGCAAUCUGUACCGUGAAGGCAGCAGCAUCGGAGCCAUCGACUCCAACCUGGACUGGUCACACAACUUCACCAACAUGCUCGGCUACAGCGAUGCUCAGUUCACAGAGCUAAUGAGGCUCUAUCUCACCAUCCACAGUGAUCAUGAAGGAGGCAAUGUCAGUGCCCACACCAGCCACUUGGUGGGUAGCGCCCUGUCGGACCCCUAUCUGUCCUUCAGUGCUGCUAUGAACGGUCUUGCUGGUCCUCUGCAUGGUCUGGCCAACCAGGAGGUGCUGGUGUGGCUGACUGCCCUGCAGAAGGAGCUGGGUGGAGAAGUGUCAGACGAGAGGAUGAGGGAUUACAUCUGGAACACACUGAAGUCUGGAAGGGUGGUGCCAGGUUAUGGCCAUGCUGUCCUUAGGAAGACUGACCCACGUUACACCUGCCAGCGCGAGUUUGCCCUGAAGCACCUGCCCAACGACCCUAUGUUCAAGUUGGUUUCCCAGCUUUACAAGAUUGUUCCCAAUGUGCUUCUGGAGCAGGGUAAGGCCAAGAACCCCUGGCCCAACGUGGAUGCUCACAGCGGAGUCCUGCUGCAGUACUACGGAAUGACCGAGAUGAAUUACUACACUGUGCUGUUCGGAGUGUCCCGAGCACUUGGCGUCCUGGCCCAGCUGGUGUGGAGUAGAGCCCUGGGUUUCCCCUUGGAGCGCCCCAAGUCCAUGAGCACAGAUGGACUAAUGUCACUGGUGGGAGCCAAAUCAGGCUGAAGAACACCUGAAAGGAGCUGGGGGUUAGUGCGAAGGGUGGGAGGAGGUGGUACAUUCAAAAGGCAGACGUAUGUUAACCCCCUGUCAUUUCAAACCCGAGGGAUUGAGUGGGAUUCAGAGAGACAGUAAGCUUUUAACUCCAACACAGAUGAAGGGCCUUUUUUUUAAAUUUAAAUCACACCUCUUUAUGUUUUAGUUGACACGCCCACGUGUCUCUAUUUUGGAACUUGCAAAGUGAAAACGGCCGUCACAAGUCUGCAUUCAUAACCAUUUCCUCCUGUUCGGUGCCUGUGUGUUUUGUCAGUGGGCACUGAUCGAUAAAUAGUGGCAUUCAGACGGGACUGUGGGAGUGAAUCACACUUGUUUGUAUUUCUUCAGAGAUCUAAAGUUAAAUACUCAACUUUUUUGCUCUUGUCCAAUUUGUUUUGAUGAUGCCCCCAAGGCAGAAAGCAUUGCUCUAAUUAACUCAGCUUCUUCCUUUUUGUGCAGUGUUGCUUACAACCCAGUUUAUCAGUGCACUUCACUCCCAUUUACUCUAUGAACACUCCACCUUAGAAAGGUCCUUAACAGUAGACCUGAAUUACCUUCACUAACAGUUAAAAGAUACUGCCCCUUUAAAUCUUAAGUCUCCCUUUUUCCAAAAUAUAGAUGUUUUUCUUUUACUCAUGAAUAAUUAAAUGACCUCUAUGAUCAAAAUAAUUUUGUCGUUGUAUAAGUAAUUUCCCUUUGCACCUUUUUGUUUUUGUUAUCACGCUUACAUUUUUAAUGGCUUUUUCUCUCUCCGGUGGUUUCCUGAGCAGCGGAAAGCUCAAAAUGAAGUACAGUAAUGAUAAGGAUUUGAGUGAAGGGUGUUGUACUUGGCAACCUGUGGUAAAUCUUUAAGAGCAAGCUUGAAUGAGACGUGGGGCGGGUGACUUUGUAUUUUGUUCAGGUCCUGUUUGUGUGCGUUAGUUGAUCCCCACAGGACAGCGCUUUAAUAAGCUACUACUCAAAAAGGAUUCACUUGGAUUUCCUAAGUAGCAGUAGACCCCCAGAUGAUCACGAUUGUUUUUGCAAUGGAAAAUGUAUAAACCUAGUGGGGUUCCAAGUGGUGGUUUAUUUAUACUUUGUGUACAUAGGUAUGUAUAUGUAUAGCUUGAAUGUAUGAGCUUGAUCACUUGCUUAUAACAACCACACUGACUACGAUAGCAGACCCAUAGUGUAGUUGUGUCCAGUAGCACUGUAGCGUUCAGUCUCACUGGUCACUGUAAAAUAUUUGAUGAACAAAAAUAAACUGCAGCUAUGUUGUAAAUACAUAAAUUCUAGCCGGUGCUUUUUUCCCACCUGGCUGUUUUCAAGCUUGCUCUUAAGUCUUGGUUUGUCAACACUCCAUUUUUAUUUUUUCAUUUUCUUGAUGUGUUUAUUAGUUCAUCGCAGUUUUAGACUCUCUGCCACCAUCUCCUGCCCAGCGUCGCUGGGAAUUUCUUUGUGCGUGUGUUAUAUUGUGGCAAGAUGUUCAAGGAGUGAGGUUAUUUUGAUCAUAGAGGAGUGUGAAGGUUAUGAAUUCACUUUCUUUGGAUUCUUGAGAGAAACAUUUAGGGAUGGGGCUGGUUGGGUCAGACUGACAAGGCAGGCUUGAAGAACAAGCAUUAGAGAACCUUUAACAAAAUGAAAAAUAAAGGUUUUUACCACGUU